AGACUUCUUAAUAGAAAGAAAAAGGAUUUUACAUAACAUCCCACAUGGACGAAAAGUCGUUCAUUUCCUUGUAUAUAUUGUUUGAGCGCCUGAUUGAGUAUCUGGAUAGCGAGAUGUGCACACGUACAAGAUGGUACUUAGGUAGGGGUGCUUUAGGUAAGGGUGCUUUAGGUAAGUUGUAGACAGUUGUGAGGGAGGGGUAGGCAGGAUUAGUUGGCGACGUCAUCACAGAUAAUGACGUCAUUACACAGGAAGCCCAACAAUGAAGGAAAAUUACGAAUGUAUCCGAAAAAUAACGAAUAUGUACCGUAGUAAAAGCGAGACAGUCACGAAGGUAUGCCGUAGCUUCAUUUCAUUUUUAAUGAUAAUUUGCUGGAGUAAUCUUCUAAUUAAAACAGAAUAACUUUAUUUUGUUUCCGUUCCUGCUCGAGACGAGGUACGAAACGAAAGAAAAAAUAAUUUGCAUCAAACUGUCUCAGCAUACAGUUGUUUCGUAUUCACAACAUUUUCGACUGAUCAUCGACGAAACUGGUAAUUUCAGAGCUAGACUGAUCAGAACAUGGAGAGUUUAAAAACACUGGUACUGAUAGUGUACACCAUGGUUUGUUUGGACAUGAGUUGUGGAAAAGAUAAUUCAGGAUGCAUCGAGAGAUCUCUUGUUGGUGAGAAUCGUCUAAUCAUUCCUAACAGUGGCUAUACAGCCUCUUCGUUCUUAUAUGACAGUAAGCAGUUUAAAGAUCGAGUGACCGGAAAACUAUACUGGAUCGACACCCGAUACGUUCCACACAAUGCAAGACUGAACAGCAAAUUUGGAUGGUCACCACGUGAUAAUAAUAACCCUGAUUACUUACAGCUGGACCUUGGUGCUGUACGAGCCAUCACUGCUGUAGCAACAAAAGGAAGUGGUUUCUUAUCAUAUGAAUGGAUAAAAACAUUUAAGCUUCGGUUUCAACACGACGCAAAUUCAACGCAAUGGACUGAAUACAAUGUCACUUUAAAGAAUUAUUACUUGUGUAAAUAUGAAGAUGCAUGGCGUAAAACCAAGCAGUACUGGUGCACCUAUAAUGGCCAACGGAUGACUGCCAACAUUGCGGUUCGUCAUGAUUUAAAGACAAUCCAAGAAGCGCGGUUCAUUAGAUUUGUACCUGUACAUUAUCAGGUGUGUAAGACGAUGAGAGUCAACGUGUUUUUCGUCAAUCAAGAAGCACCACGUAUUGACGUCAUCACUCCCUUUGAACGAUCAAUAUUUGUACGAUGGACUAUUCAGCCAUGUGGUAAACUAACUCAACUUAUAACUGGUUACGUUGUGGAAGUAAGCACUAAGGGAAAAUUGAAUGUUAGUUCAACAACUACAAGUAAAAUCAUCACAGGUCUUCAGCCAWACACUGAAUAUAAAAUACGAGUCAAGGCUGUUCCGUAUGGAUUAUGGAGCGAUAACAAGACCAUCCAGACUGACAUAGCAGUUCCACAGGGAAUCCAAAGCGUUGUUACUUUGAAAACACUCUCACCAAAUUCUAUCAGCGUCACGUGGAAGCAUCCACAAAACCAUUCUAUCAACGGACCAUUAACAGGUUAUAGAGUAACUUACACAACAAACAAAGGCCAGUCAAAGAAUGUUGACAUAGGUGUGCUCAACACGUGGAAUAUUACAUCACUAGAAAAGUGCACGUGGUACAGUGUAACGGUGUCCGUUAAUAACUCCAAGUACAUCGGUCCACCGAGUAAAAACGCCACUAUAAGAAUUGGAAAUGCACCGAUGGCCGGUCCCACGAAUGUUUCUCCUAUCCCGACAAACUCUUCUUCAAUUGCUGUUUCCUGGAGUCCUGUAACAAUGGACAAGUUAACAUGUGACAUCACCGGAUAUGACGUCAAGUUGUCACAACACGAAUGUGCAGAUAUCAAAGACGGUGAUUGGAUACUUUUUGAAUCGAUAAAUAGGAGAUCUACGAUUUUCACCGGGCUAUUGCCUUCAACAAUGUACGCUGUCUCCGUGAGAGCAAUUACGAUAGCCGGCCCAGGUCCUUAUAGCAAACCAACUUGCGUCUCAACCACUCAAAGAAAUAUACAAGGAUGCAUCGAGAGAUCUCUUGUUGGUGAGAAUCGUCUAAUUAUUCCUAACAGUAGCUACACAGCCUCUUCGUUCAUGUAUGAUAAAGCUACAGAUAUUCCCGAUAACAGACGAUAUGUUCCACACGCUGCAAAGCUAAACAGCCCAUUUGGAUGGUCACCACGUGGUAAUAAUAACCCUAAGGAUUAUUUACAGCUGGACUUUGGUGCUGUACGAGCCAUCACUGCUGUAGCAACACAAGGAAAUGGAAAACCCGGAUUAUAUGAAUGGAUAGAAACAUUUGAUCUUUGGUUUAAACAAGAAAAAAAUUCAACUGAAUGGAUUAAGUAUAAAUGCCUACAAAAUUGUCACAAGUGUGACAAAAAAUCUUACUGGGAACGAGGCUGUUGGUGUACCAAUAAAGACAAAACGAGGGAAACUGCUAACAUUGUAGUUCGUCAUGAAUUAAAUAAAACCCAUGCAGCAAGAUACAUAAGAUUCGUUCCUGUUGAGUAUAACGCGUGUAAGACGAUGAGAGUCAACGUGUAUUUCGUCAAUCAAGAAGCACCACGUGUUAACGCCACACCCUCUGAACGAUCAAUAUUUGUACGAUGGACUAUUCAGCCAUGUGGUAAACUAACUCAACUUAUAACUGGUUACGUUGUGGACGUAAGCACUAAGGGAAAAUUUAAUGUUAGUUCAACGAUUACAAGUAAAAACAUCACAGGGCUUCAACCAUACACUGAAUAUAAAAUACGAGUCAAGGCUGUUCCGUAUGGAUUAUGGAGCGAUAACAAGACCAUCCAGACUGACAUAGCAGUUCCACAGGUAAUCCAAAGCGUUGUUACGUUGAAAAAUCUCUCGUCAAAUUCUAUCAGCGUCACGUGGAAGCAUCCACAAAACCGUUCUAUCAACGGACCAUUAGCAGGUUAUAGAGUAACUUACACAACAAACAAAGGGCAGACAAAGAAUGUUGACAUAGGUGUGGUCAACACGUGGAAUAUUACAUCACUAGAAAAGUGCACGUGGUACAGUGUAACGGUGUCAGUUAAUAACUCCAAGUACAUCGGUCCACCGAGUAAAAACGCCACUAUAAGAAUUGGAAAUGCACCGAUGGCCGGUCCCACGAAUGUUUCUGCUAUCCCGACAAACUCUUCUUCAAUUACUGUUUCCUGGGGUCCUGUAACAAUGGACAAUUUAACCUGUGACAUCACCGGAUAUGACGUCAAGUUGACACAACACAAAUGUGCAGAUAUAAAAAGCGGUGAUUGGAUUAUUGAAUCGACCAAUAUAAGAUCUACGGUUUUUAGUGGACUAUCGCCUUCUACAAUGUACUCUGUCUCCGUGAGAGCAAUUACGAUAGCCGGUCCAGGUCCUUAUAGCAAACCAAUUUGUGUCUCAACCACUCAAAGACAUGUACGAGUUUCAGCAGGAAACCUUGGAAAGGAAGGCAGUAUAUCAUCGUCAGCAAAGACUGUCAUGAUUGGUCUUGUGGUAUCACUAGUUGUUGUGAUUAUCCUGCUAGCUGUGCUUACAGUCCUAACAUGGAAAAGGAUGCAUCGAGAGAUCUCUUGUUGGUGAGAAUCGUCUAAUCAUUCCUAACAGUAGCUACACAGCCUCUUCGUUCUUAUACGACAGUAGGCAGCGUAGAGAUCAAGUGACUGGAAAACUAUACUGGGACAGG